CGUUUUAGGACCCCCAAUGUGUGUCUUCCUUCCCUCAGUUCUCCGUCCUCUAAUUGAUCAGGGAUUUAUAGAUAUUCCAAUCCUCCAUGUGCUCUCCCUCCUGUCACUGGCUUGCUCUGCUGGCAUUUGGCAAUGCCUUGUAGCAAGCCUUCUCCAUCUCAUUGUGCCAUCCUACUCCCUACUCAGUCCAGCAUCUGAGUAAUCAGGUCUCCUCCAUCCUUCUGUGCCUACUCCCAAGUCAGUCCAGCAUCAGUAGUCAGGCCUCCUCCAUCCCUCUAUGCCAACCUACUCUCUACUCAGUCCAGCAUCAGUAGUCAGGCCUCCUCCAUCCCUCUAUGCCAACCUACUCCAAAGUCAGUCCAGCAUCAGAGUAGCCAAGCCUUCUCCAUCCUUCUGUGCCAACUGCCAACGUACUCCAAAGUCAGUCCAGCAUUAGUAGUCGGCCUCCUCCAUCUCCCUGUGUCAUUCUACUCCAAAGUCAGUCCAGCAUUAUAGUUGUGAGGCCUCCUCUAUCAGCCCUUCCCCACCUCCCUCAAAAUUAUUCUCCUUGCACCAUCAAAAACCUCUUGCCUUCUGUAUCUCCCCUGAGAUUUCACAACACCAGCUCCAGAGUGUAAUUAAAUAGUAAUUCCCUCCCUGCUCCAUGUACCUGCCACACCUUGCUUUGCUUCCUAUACAAACUGCUACAGUUGAAGGCCAGAACAGGGAGAAGUAAUGCAGCAGAUGUAUGUCGCGGACAGCGACUAAAUGGUCGCUAUAAGUAUAGAGAUAUGAAAUAACGCGGGACACUACAAAUUAAAUGACUUCCCAACCAAAAUGGGCAGAGUUCUUAAAACAGACUACCCAAGAGAUUGUUUUCCCCGUUAUUGCUUAAACGUUCCCUUUCUCUUCUUCUCUGUGACAGUUUUGUUACUUUUCCCUCGGUGUGAGAUUUGAUGUUUGGUAUUCCAGUCAGCAGGCAAGCAGCAGCAGCAGCCACCCACGCCCCGGCCGCCUCCCACGCCAGGAUCUGCGUCACGGGGCUCGUGUGGGAGGCAGGCAGAGAGACCGAGAAAACUGAGCAGUUCACAAGAGCGGAAUAUCCCAGUCACAUAGAGGGGGUGGCUGUGGGGUGACUGCACGGGCCUCACGUGCCUUUACUGCCAAAGAAAGUACAAGCGUCCCCCGUAGUGUUUUUACUGGGGUCCAGAAGCUGGGGCUGCACGCUGCUGAUUUGCCAUGGCAUCCUCUCUGCCAAGAACCCUUGGUGAGCUUCAGCUGUACAGAAUACUACAGCGUGCUAACCUCCUGUCUUACUUUGAUGCCUUUAUCCAGCAGGGAGGAGAUGAUGUUCAGCAGCUCUGUGAGGCAGGGGAAGAAGAAUUUCUUGAGAUAAUGGCUCUGGUUGGAAUGGCCAGUAAACCACUCCAUGUUAGAAGACUACAGAAGGCACUCAGAGACUGGGUCACAAACCCAGGAAUUUUUAAUCAACCACUCACAUCCCUGCCAGUUAGCAGCAUUCCAAUUUACAAGCUACCCGAAUCCUCCUCUUCUUUACUAGGUAUAAACUCCAAUAGUUAUGAAAGAAACAGCAAUGCAAGAGAGCCCCACCUAAAGAUCCCAAAAUGUGCAGCUACAACUUGUGUACAAAGUUUGGGUCCAGGGAAAUCAGAUGGAGUAGGGAAUUCUCCUCUGCAGAACAACAGUGAAGGAAGACACUGGCAAAGUCAACAUACUACAGAGAGCGAACACAGUUUGUCCCCAGCUGAUCUUGGUUCUCCUGCAUCCCCUAGAGAUACAACUGAAACCUUGGACGCUUCAGCUGCUCUCUCAGUUGCUGAAUGUGUGGAGAGGAUGUUCCCUUCCUUACCUAAAAGCGAUGUAAAUGAGGUCAGGGAAUUGCUUAAGACAAACAAAAAGCUGUCAAAGAUGAUUGGGCACAUAUUUGAAAUGGAAGAUGAAGACCCCCACAGGGAAGAGGAAAUCCGCAAGUACAGUGCAAUCUAUGGCAGGUUUGACUCGAAAAGAAAGGAUGGGAAACACCUGACACUUCACGAGCUCACCGUGAACGAAGCUGCUGCUCAACUUUGCAUGAAGGAUAUUGCUCUGCUCACCAGAAGAGAUGAGUUGUUUACACUUGCACGGCAGAUAUCCCGAGAAGUCACAUAUAAGUACACUUACAGAACCACCAAGUCUAAAUGUGAAGACCGAGAAGAACUGUCCCCCAAAAGAAUUAAAAUAGAGGAAAACUUCUCUGAUUAUCAGGAAACACUAAUCACAAUUCACCAGCAAAUGGAAUCUUUAAAGGAGCAGAUGGCUGUUGCAAAAGCUAAGGGAGAAGAAACAGCAGCUCACACUUUACAGGCUAAACUUGAAAAAAUGUUGUCAAAGCAGAUGGAUAUAUUACGCAACUCAGAAUAUGACAGACUGCAGAAUACAGAAAGGUGUCAUUCUACUGGACAUUACCUGAAAAACUCCGAAGACAGUAGUCCAACAACCAUUGCUUCUGAUAGCUCAGAGAGUCAAGUUGAACGGCCACUGAACCUUCGAACAUCAAACCAUCAGAGUCAACAGCUACAGCAACUUAUGUCAGAUGGAGAACAGCAUUUAGGGAAGCAGCUGUGCAAUGAACUUAGGGGACAUUAUUCCAUUUCUGAGACCAAUGCUCAGUAUUCAGAUAGCAUUGGAAUCUUAAAGGAUUACUCACAAACAGCCUUAAACAAUACAGAGAGGAAGAUCAUCAAGCUUGAACCAGAAGAUACAAGAUAGCUGAAAAGACAAUCUUCUAAUUUAAAUGAAUAAUACCACCACCACCACCACAAGCAAGCCUUAAACUGUUACCAGUGUUGCCUCAUCAAUACAUAUAAAGCCAAAGCUUAGAGACUGAUACAAUUGGUAAUGAGAGAAACAGGACUGCUGAUAUAGUCUUUAUGAUGGACAAACAUUCCUCUAAUGCCUUUUACAAAAAUGGCAAAGCUCACAAACUAAUACAAGUGGGCUUUCAUUGUUUAGGAUUACAAAAUGUGUUUGUGUAAGGUAUGAAACGCAUAGGUGUUAGAACAUGUAUUCAAUUUAAUAUAUGUGAAUACGGUUCAUUUUACUUGAAAUUUUUAAUGUCUGUUUUAUUACUUCUGUUUUAGACAACCAUAUUGCUUAUCAUAGGAUAAAAAACAUAUUCUUGGGAUUACAGGAAAAGAAAUAGUCUGGCAUGAUCAAUAGCUCGCAAUAAUGUUAAUUAAAAUAUAUAUUUUAUUUUUAAAAGACUUAAAGGGGCAAGUAAUGCUUAAAAACCUUAAAUGAGAUGUACGUAAAACUUACUAGAAUCUGAAUUUUCUGACAUUUUUUCCUAUGCAGCAAUAUAAGGCAUUUUUUCUCCUUGCAUUAAAGUGCCCAC